GCUUUCAAGGUGCCAUGCGCCGUGGUCGGGUCUGACAAACAGGUCUGGUCCAUUGUGGAGCGUCGAUUGAAUCAGAAAAUCAACUUUAACCGUGGGUGGGCGGAAUAUGCCCAAGGUUUUGGCGAUUUCAGCAGUGAAUUCUUCAUUGGGCUGGAAAAAUUGCACCAGAUGACGUCAUCGAAGCCUCACAAGCUCUUGAUACGAUUAAACAAUGGCCAGAGCGUCAAAACCGCGUCCUACAGCAACUUUCGAAUUGGAAACGAGACUGAGGGCUAUGCCAUACAAUCACUGGGUGAAUACUCUGGAGACGCUGGCGAUGGAUUGAGAGAGAGCCUAAAUCAGAAGUUCAGCACCUUCGAUCGCGACAAUGAUCUAUUGCACGAUGUCAACUGCUCCAAGGAUGCCAGCGGCGGUUGGUGGCAAACGAACUGCGGCAAAUCAAAUCUAAACUUUUAUCUCAGAAGCAACAUGGUCUACUGGGACGGUGUCAUAGAUUCCAUAUAUUCCGUCGAAAUAUUGAUACGUCCCACAAAUAUCGAUGGAAAUUGAGCAAA